AUGGACAGAAGAUUCACUGUUUCCGAAAACGAGACGCUGAGAUUACCUAAUGAUUUUCGCCUUCCUGUGGAGUGCAAAUCAUAUAUCCUAACGAAAGAAGAGCUUUCAAAAUGCGAAAAUCGCAUGGUUUGUACCUAUGAAAAUCUUAAGGCUCUUAGAGCAUGCGGAGAAAUCAGGUUAGAUGAAAUGAAUGUCAACGGCUACACUCACCAACAUGAAACCACUAUUGUUCUUGGGUCAAGCCUUAUGUUCAGCGGCGCACAUUACAUCAUAGAACAAGUUGGUGAUAUAGCAUUUGAAGAAUUAAAGGCUGCUAUAAUUGCCUUGGAGGAGCACAUGUUGGGGUACAUAGGUAACGAUAAGCGCUAUAUAGAAAUAUAUGAGAAUCUGUGUUCGAUUCAGAAACUGCAGGAGACAUACAGCAUGUAUGUCAUAACACCUCAGCUGGAAAGCAGAGAAUGGCGAGAUGCUGCGCUGAGAAACUUCAUUGUUAGAGAGGAGCGUUCUCUACUUGAAGUUAUUGUCUUUUCGGGGAUACUUAGAAUGUCACGUGAUGAAGCCAGUCGAUUGUCUAUCAAACUUGCUAUCGAUUCGGGUAAUUCGAUGGGUACCCUUACAAUUGUUAGGGAUGCACUUCGCUCCAUUCCGGACGUGUCACCGGCUCUUGCAGAAGCAUGUGUUCAUGGGUGCGAGUUUGUGCUCUGGCGCUUGAAAGAAACCCUCGGAAACGGCUCGGAUUCAGUCCCAGAACCGGAAAUGAUCGAUCAGUCAGUUGACUCUGUUUUCAUUCUUUCGCGAGUGCUUCGCAUUCUCGAACCAGCCACCGCCCAUUCUUUGAGUUUGCAGGAGUCUGUUGCGAUGAUGCACGGAUACACAAACAUAUUCAUUCAAUUGAUGAAUCAAUGUAUGCUGGAUGACUCCACAAGCGACUCAUUCAGUGAAAAGGAGCAUUCGAAGAACGAAGAAGUCGUUGGUGCUGAGAAAUGA